CGACAAAGAAGUAAAAAAAGAAACAAUCAUGAUGGAAGGACAAUCGCAAGAAGAAACAACAGAUCAUGACAUACAAUCUCAUGAGGAAGAGGCAAGAGAAGAUGAUGUUGAAGAAUCUGAUAAGUUUCGCAAUCAUGCCAUCGUCUGAAGUGGAGGUGGUAAUCUAACAAGUCUCAAGGGCGUUUGCAAUGAAGCCAUCAACGAAGCAAGUGGAUUUCAAAACGAAUUCAAGAUAAAUGUGGUAGCCCAUAGUGACCUAGUAAACUCAAGUGAGGAUCUAAGAGUUGAUCCAAGUAACCUAACACAAAUGGAAGAGGAGCCAUCAUAUUCUAGAGGCCAAAUUGUUGAAAGUCAUGAUAGGACAAAGUCAGAUAUUGUUGAGGAUUCAAGGUUGUCACUGUCACCAUUUUCUACACCUGCAGAGAUGAUACCUUCUUUUCUAGAGAAGACUAAUAAUCGGGCUUCAAUUGUUCCUGGGGUGCAAGAAAUAGUUGAUAUGAUGAAAUUAGAGGGUUUUGAGCAUUCAAUAUUGGCAAAGGCACUCGAGACUCACCCACAACUUCGACUUUCUACCAAUGAUCGAAGCACUCGAGUGUUGUGCAUGUCCUACAGGGUAUUGCUAGAUAUCUUGAACAUUCUGACCACUAGGACUCCCUUCACGGUCACUGAAGCUGACAAGAGGUAGCUAGAUGAAUAUUUAAAGGAUGCUUCUUUUUUGGGUUUUGACAAGGAUUGGAUUGAGUCUACAAAGACUAAGGUUUCAGAUUGUGAGAUAUCUGAAAGCGAUCGAAUUCAAGAAGUUCUAAGGGGUUUGGACAAUGAUCUAAAGACCAACGAUGCAAUGCUUGCAGCUAUUCAUGAUGAGGAGGUGGAAGCUGCACGAGUGGUACAGGUGGCUCAACAAGAGCAUGCCAAUGUCAUGGCUCGUCAUGCUCAUCUUUUGAAGGCACGUCAAGAUAUUCUAGCUCAAAGGCAUCAAUGCUGGGAGAUAAUUGCUUAUAAAAGUAGGCAUUUUGGAUUUUAGAAAGUAUUUGUGUGCGCAUGUUUGCCCUUAUCGUUGUCAU